AUGGCAUUAGAUUCAUUAGAUUUAUAUGUUGUUAUUAUAUUAGUUGUUGCAGUUGCAGCUUAUUUUGGUAAAAAUCAAUUUAUAACAAAACCAGAAACAACUGGAUUUUUAUCAAAUGAUUCAAAUGGUGGUACUAAUUCAAGAAAUAUAUUGGAAACACUAAAGAAGAAUAAUAAAAAUGCUUUAUUAGUAUUUGGUUCACAAACUGGUACUGCUGAAGAUUAUUCAAAUAAAAUGUCAAGAGAAUUAAGUUCAAGAUUUGGUUUAAAAACAAUGGUUGCUGAUUUUGCAGAUUAUGAAUGGGAUAAUUUAGGUGAUAUUAAUGAUGAUAUAUUAGUAUUUUUCAUUUUAGCUACUUAUGGUGAAGGUGAACCAACUGAUAAUGCUAUUGAUUUUAUUGAAUUUUUAGAUAAUGAAGCUGAUACUUUAAGUACUUUAAGAUUUACUGUUUUUGGUUUAGGUAAUUCAACUUAUGAAUUUUAUAAUGCUAUUGGUAGAAAAGUUGAUUUAAAAUUAGAGGAAAAGGGAGCAGAAAGAUUUGCAGAAUAUGGUGAAGGUGAUGAUGGCAAAGGUACAUUAGAUGAAGAUUUUUUAAGUUGGAAAGAUGGUGUAUUUGAUUCUUUAAGAAAUAAUUUAAAUUUUGAAGAAAAAGAAUUAAAAUAUGAACCAAGUUUAAAAUUAAUUCCAAGAGAUGAUUUAACUAUUGAUGAUUUAUCAGUAUCAUUAGGUGAACCAAAUAAAAAAUAUAUAGAUACUAAAGCAAGUGUCGAUUUAACAAAAGGUCCAUUUGAUAAUACUCAUCCAUAUUUAGCUCCAAUUACUAAAAUUAAAGAAUUAUUUAAUUCAAAGGAAAGAUCAUGUGUUCAUGUUGAAUUUGAUAUAAGUAAUUCAAAUUUAAAAUAUUCAACUGGUGAUCAUUUAGCUGUAUGGCCACAAAAUAGUAAUGAAAAAAUUGAUUUAUUUUUAAAAACAUUUGAUUUAACAAAUAAAAAAGAUGAAGUAUUUGAAUUAAAAUCAUUGGAUUCAACUUAUCAUAUCCCAUUCCCAACUCCAAUAACUUAUGAAGCAGUUAUAAGACAUCAUUUAGAAAUUAGUGGUCCAGUAUCAAGACAAUUUUUCCUUUCUAUUGCAGCUUUUGCUCCUAAUGAAGAAACUAAAACUAAAUUAACUACUAUAGCAAAUGAUAAAUCAAAAUAUGCUGAAGAAAUAACUGCAAAAAAAUUCAAUAUUGCUGAUGCUUUAUUAUAUUUAUCUUCAGGAAAACCAUGGAAUAAAGUACCAUUUGAAUUUUUAAUUGAAAAUGUUCAACAUUUAACUCCUCGUUAUUAUUCAAUUUCAUCAUCAUCAAUGAGAGAAAAAACAACUAUAAAUAUAACAGCAGUAGUUGAAACUGAAAUAGAACCAGAUAAUAGAAUUGUUUCUGGUGUUGUUACAAAUUUAUUAAAAGAUAUUGAAAUUAGUAAAAAUAAAUCAACUGAAAAACCUUUAGUUACUUAUGAUUUAAAAGGUCCUCGUUCAAAAUAUGAUAAUUAUAAAUUACCAGUCCAUGUAAGAAGAUCAACUUUCAAAUUACCUUCAAGUUCUAAAACUCCAAUAAUUUUAGUUGGACCAGGUACUGGAGUAGCACCAUUAAGAGGAUUUAUAAGAGAAAGAAUUACACAACAAGAAAAUGAUGUAAAUAUUGGAUCAUCAUUAUUAUUUUAUGGAUGUAGAAAUGAAAAUGAAGAUUAUUUAUAUAAAGAUGAAUGGUCAGAAUAUGCUAAAAAAUUAGGUGAUAAAUUUGAAAUAAUAACUGCUUUUUCAAGAUCAACUUCAAAAAAAGUUUAUGUUCAACAUAAAAUUUUGGAGAACUCUACAAAAAUAAAUGAUUUAUUACAACAAGGUGCAAUAAUAUAUGUAUGUGGUGAUGCCUCACAUAUGGCAAGAGAUGUUCAACAAGCUUUUAUUAAAAUAAUCUCUCAAGAAAGAAAAAUUGAUUUGGAAAAAGCAAGUGAAUUAGUUAGAAGUUUGAAAGUUCAAAAUAGAUAUCAAGAAGAUGUUUGGUAG